AUGCACGUACAAAACAUUUCCAGAAAUGCGUCCAACAUUACGAAAGAAGCCAACGAAUGGGAUGUAGAGAGCCUUUCAUGUUAUCACUUUAACUCCGUUCACUACAGUAUAGGAGAGUUUUCGCUUGUUUGGUACAUUAUUAGUUUUGUUGUAAACGGCGUUGUCCAAUCCAUCGCCAUAGUCAUCAACUUGCUCAUUCUACUGGCUAUUAGCAAGACCCCCUCACUCCAUUCGCCGUCCAACACGCUAUUGUUCGGUCUGGCUCUGUCGGAUCUUGGUGUUGGUUUAAUUGUUCACCCCCUCUUUCUCCUGCAUAUGAUUGGGAAGUUGGCGCGGAAUAGAGACGUUUUCUGCCACGCUGGAAUAGCCGCUGAAAUAGCCGCAAACGCUUUGUGUAUCAUCUCGCUCCUAACUGUAACCGCUGUUAGCUUAGACAGGUAUCUGGCCCUUGAACUUCACUUGCGAUAUAAACAGCUGAUUACGAUCAAGCGUGUUACCCUUGUUAUUGGCUUCAUCUGGGUUGCUGGAACUAUUAUUGGUUCUUUGUGGCUCUAUAAACCUGAGGUUAUAAAAUUUGCUGUGAUGGUGACGAUUGCGAUAUGCCUAAUGGCUGCCACAUACUCUUAUUUUAAAAUAUAUCACGCUGUUUCGCGCCAUUACUUUUCUACUCUGGCCUUACAAUGUUCGGUGCAACAAUACCAUGUAAAUCAAGCAGUCAACCUGGCUAAAUUUAAGGCACACGCACUGAGCACAUUUUGGGUUUAUUGUCUCAUCAUCGUGUGUUAUUUCCCUUAUUUUUGUGUGGUAAUAGCCAUAAUGCUGCGUGGACUUUCAACGACAACGAUAUUUUGGUACGAGAUGACGGCCAUUCUCAUUUUCAUAAACUCUUUCCUUAAUCCUUUGGUUUUUUGCUGGCGGUUACGAGAAAUACGCCACGCCGUGAAGAAGUCUGCCCUGAAUACUGUUUUAAGAUUCUCGUGCAAAACUGGGUCAAGUAAUUAAUUCCCGUUCCAAACGAUAACAUCAUCGUGUAGGUGGAGAUGUUAGGGAGCGUACAAAAGUUAAGCCCUGGGGGAGUACUUUCUAGUAAUAGGCUAAUGGGGAUGUUAGCGAACAAUUCUUGCAAGGACCACUUGGACAAACAGCAGCGAGGGAUAGCCUGAUCUUGUCGUAGAUCAGGAUCAGCAUUAUAAAAUAACACUUAAAAUUGAAGGCAAGGCAGAUCGGACGGGGCGUUGCAUUUUCAUUAGAGGUUGUGAAGUAUUUUGAAAGUGGUUUUUAAGACGGACCUAUCUUAUCUUUUAAGUGUAGUUUUUGUUUCGUUAAGUCUUGUUUUGUCCACGUACUUUUUCCUGUUUUGAUCUUUUGUUUUUACUUGUACUUGAAUUUAUGCUUAGCUCGCGAAUUUACUUAUUGCUAUAAUAGGAAUGUUUUUCGCUUGGCGCUGUCAGAUGUUAGUUUUUUACAGUAAGUCGUGUUUGUGGUGUUAGAGCUGACCUUGGUUCUUUGGUACUUGUCAGUUGCGACUGUGCGUAGGCUAGUCUAUUCCCUAAAAAUAGCAAACCUGUUGCCAUGUUAGAGAUAAGAUAUUCAAUACUGAAGGUCUCCCAGGUCAGCUAACCCAAACAUGUCCAGCUUUGGCUAUAAAAGCCGCUACUAUACUUGAACUAGUAAGUAGAGAAGAGUAGAGAAGUAGAAAAGAGUUAGAAGAGUAGGAAGAUUAAUUUAAAGUAUUGUCACAAAAAUUAAUUUCUCAUUUUGAAUCAAAUGUAACUCUAUGGCAGUUGAGGCAAAAAUUAGAAGAACGUCGUCAGUUGUUACGGGAGACUGUUGCCGAUUACUGUUACGAUAUUCUUUCAUUCUGCUCUCGUCGAAAUUUACCUAAAAGUGAAUGGCUUUAUUGUUUUGUACGAGGUCUAAGACCUGAGAUACGUGAACACGUUAUUUUGCAACAACCAACUGAUGUGGACUCCGCUUUGAAUUUUGGGAGAUUAAAAGAAUUAGUUACUCUUGGUAAAUCGAAAAAUGGUCAAGAAAUUGAGGAAUGUUAGGAGUUAAAGUCUAAUCCCUCAAAAGAGGAUAUUAAACAAAUUGUGAGAGACGAAUUAAAUGUGUGGACUGAAACUUCCAAAAAUAAUGAAAAAUAUUGUAUUUAUCGGAAAUUUCAAUCAUGCAAUUUUCCUACCCGUUGUGGAGGCAUUAUUUUUGGUAAAAAGCCAAAAUUCGGCAGAUUUAGAAAUUUCAAACCUAAUUUUAAACGCCUGCCUCGGAGAAACAAUAUGCAAAAUGUUUGUAACCAGGGAAAAAUUGGCGCUCAGUUAAACUGGCUGGCGCCCCUGUCGUGUCUGGUAGUGAACCCGUGAUGGGGUGCUUGAAAGUUCUACAAGUAAUAACCAUUCUUCCGUCGGAUCUAGUUAUGAUAAAGGUGCUUUCGGUAACUCUGGAAAUUCGGCCGAAAGUGUUACUAAAAAGAAUGUUCAAGAAUUCAGUUAUGUUUUGUCAAUUCCUUGUGAGCCUGUUAUCUCGUCUGACUCUAAAAUGUUUGAACCUCAAGUUGCCGUCACAUGUCAACACGGGGGUUCUUAAGAAGGCCAGCCUCAAAACAUACAUACAUACAUACAUACUUUAUUGCAUAGCUCCCCCUUGGGGGCUCUUCCGCCAUACAUACACGAAUUAAAAUGAAAUAAAAUAAACUAGAAAACUAUUUACAUUUCAGUGAUAAAAUGAGGAAUUUCUAUAAAUAAUAAUGAACGUUAAUUUUAAACGCUAUUUACAUUUCAAUAAUAAAAUAUAUCUAUGAAUUAAAAAGAUAUUUAAAAAUUCUCUUUUUAAAAGAGUUAAAAUUUCCAGUGUCUCUUAUAUCUUUAGCUAUACUGUUAUAAAGUUUUGCCCUACGGUAGCUGAAAGUCUUUCGACCAGUGGCCAGCCUAUACCGAUGCAACGUAAGGUCUUUGUUUUGUCUUGUGACUCUUUGCUGAGUUUUUGCGCGAUAUUGGAAGCGUCUGUGGAGGUACACUAUCACUAGGUCGUUAAAAAGCAGUUUAUCCUUUACGUUAAGCCAUUUAAGGGACUUCAGGGCUUCUGAAACAUGAUCGUAUUUUCUUAAACCAGCUACGAUUCUGCAGGCAUAGUUCUGAACUGGCUGAAGUUUUCUAACGACCCUAAUGAAAAUAUUAUGUUUGGAGUUAUUAAGUAUCUUUCUCAGGUCAUAACAAAAUUUGAUGAUGUAAUCGCCGGCUCGUCGCCAGAUGAAAAAGAAAAUGCUCAUUCGCCAAAUGUACCCAUGUUUUCUCCUAAAGGUGAAGUCAUUUAUGAGAAGUCUUCAAGUGAAACUUUAUCUCGCGAAGUCAGUAUAAAAAAAAUUAAAAAAGAAGAACAGUUGGCGCCUGAGUCUAAUAGUGAAGAAAAUUUGGAAGUAAAUAUCGUUGGGGCUAAAAAUAAUUAGGUUUGUUGUGAGUGUCGUGGCUUAUCUGUCGCAAGUAGCCCAGAGACAAGGGCAUAAGUGACUGACAGGGUUUCUCUCCGUGCCAUAUCCAGUAAAAUUGAUUCUAUUCAUCCUUUCGAGAGGGACAAUUUUAUUGUAAGUGUAACAAUAAAGGGAAAUAGUCAUCGUGCCCUCCUUGACAUAGGAGCAGCUGUAACAGCAAUUAGUUUGCAAGUUUGGGACAAAUAUCUUACUCACAAAAAUUGUUGUUUGGAUUCCUCGUCGACUAGUUGUGUAACGACUGUAGGUGGUUCUCCUCUUAGUGUUCUUGGUAAAGUAUGGCUCAAUUUUGUUAUUAAGUCUGAUGUUUUUCUUUUGAAGCCUAUGGUAUCAAAGAUUUAACUCAUGACGUUGUUUUGGGCAGAGAUUUUCUUCAAAAAUAUUGUUCGAUGAUUGAUUUUAUGGAGAACAUCAUUGAAUUUUCCCACCCCGAGGAUCCACUCCCCUUUGCUGAUAGUUUUGGUGAUGAUUUGGAUAAGUUUUUGAUAAUUGUAUUUUGUCAGUGCAUGCUGAUAUUUCUUUUACUUUUCCCGCUCAAUCAGAAGUCGUUGUCGUUGAUAGAUUAAGGGUGCGUUCCUUUGGGAUGAUCCGGAUCAGGAUCAGUGAUCGGAGAUCACUCGGAUCAUGGUAGAUCAAACGAACCGAAGAAUCCUUGUCCAGAGUGGAUUAAUCAUCUCGGAUCAUCCCAAAGGAACGCACCCUAAGUUCAGUACCGAAAGGUGUAAGCACCAGUGCCAGUGAAAUUUAUGGAUUGGUCACGCCUAAGUCUGAUUUGCCUCACUGUUACUCAGUUUUUGGAGUGUCAGAGCUCGUAAAGGUUUCUAGUGAUGCAACUAUUCCUGUUAGGAUGGUAAACCCUUCCGCUCAACCAGUUAAAAUUUUUCGUAUGACUAAAUCAGCAGAUUUUGAGCGUGUUGAUAAUGAUUUAGCCACACUUGAGAUUGGCAAAAAUUCCCCCUCUUAUGCUGAACAUAAUUCUUCAGAUGAUCGGCAACAACCAAAAGAUUAUUCAGAGUUUCCUGAUUUAUCGAAUAGUAUUCUGAAUGAUGAUGAAAAAGUAAAAUUUAAGAAUUUGUUUAAUAAACAUCUUAAUGUUUUUGCUUUUCCUGGGGAUCAGUUGGAUAGAACAUCCCUUGUACAGCAUAUCAUUAAUGUUGGUGAUGCUAUGCCUAUUAAGCAAAGGCUAUAUAGAGUUUCUCCUGAUGUUAAGAAAGAGAUUAACCGUCAGGUGGACGAAAUGCUUGAGAAAGGAAUAAUUCAAGAGUCUGUCUCCCCUUGGAGCUCUCCAGUUGUUUUGGUAAAAAAGAAGGAUGGGUCAUACAGAUUUUUUGUUGAUUUUCGUAAAGUUAAUAAAGUCACUGAAGUACAUAGCUUUCCAAUGCCUUUAGUUGCUGAUGCGCUAGAUUCUUUGGUUGGUGCAAGCGUGUUUUCCACGUUGGUUCUCAAAAGUGGAUUUUGGCAGGUACAAAUGCCCCAGGAUUCGCAACAAAAGACAGCCUUUGCUACGCAGAACGGCCUUUAUGAAUUUCUGACAAUGCCAUUUAGAUUAGUGAAUUCAGGAGCCAGUUUUCAAAGACUUAUGGGUCAUAUUUUGAGAGGCUUAGAAUACCAUUUUGCUUUGAUUUACAUCGAUGAUAUAAUCAUUUUCUCUAAGUCUGAAGAUGAGCAUUUAGUCCUUUCGGAGGAAGUUUUUAGACGGUUAUGACGCCAAUGUUAAGUUGAAUCCAAUGAAAUGCAGUUUCGUUAAACAAAGAGUAGAGUAUCUUGGUCACGUGAUUACGCCAGAAGGCAUUAGUCCCAACCCAGACAAAGUAAGGGUGGUUCAGAAAUUCCCCACCCCCAUAAAUUUGAAGGAAUUGAGGAGUUUCGUAGGUCUUGCUAAUUAUUACAGACGUUUUGUAAGAGGGUUUUCAAAUAUUGCCAACCCUUUGAAUGCUUUGACAAAGAAGAACGUUCCUUUUGUUUGGACUGUAGCUUGUGCUGAGGUUUUUGACAAGCUUAAGCGUGCCUUGGUUUCUGCACCCAUUUUGGCAUAUCCUAAUUUUCGGGAACCAUUUUUGCUGUUUGUUGAUGCUAGCUCCAUUGGUAUGGGUUUUACCUUGGCACAAAUUCAAAAUGGAAAAGAAGUAUUCAUUGCUUACAGUGGUCGUGGUUUGAAUAAGGCAGAGCAAAAUUAUAGUACCACAGAAAGAGAAGCUCUCGCAUUAGUUGAGGGUAUAAAGAAAUUUCAGCCUUAUUUACCCAAUCAUAAGUUCACUGUUGUUACUGAUCAUAGCUCUCUCCGUUGGUUAAUGAAUGUUAAAGAUGCUUCCGGUCGUCUUGCAAGAUGGGCCUUACUUUUGCAACAAUUUGACUUUAAUAUUGUUUAUCGCCCUUAUAGAAUCCAUGGUAAUGCUGAUUGUUUGUCUAGACGUCCACAUGAUUCUUGUCAAAUAAGUUCGUUCAAUAAAGAAGAACCUCAAACGCCCCACACUCAAGAAAUGUAAAAAGAGAUCCUGAAUUAGCGGCAGUGAUUGAUUUUCUAGAGAAUGAUAUCCUACCUACUAAGGAUAAAAAUGCACGCAAGAUUGUACUCGCGAUAAUUUUUAUAUUGGUCAAGACGGUUUGCUUUACCACAUUGAUUUCAAUCGAAGGCGUAAUGCUCGUGAAUCUUUUCCUCAGCUUGUUUUCCCAGCUGCAUUACGUUUUGAAAUUCUCUCUAAUGUACGUGACCAUAUUGCCGGUGCUCAUUUUGGCUUGAACAAAACUUUAACCAAACUUAUUGGAAAGGUAUGUUUAAAGAUGUAGAACAUUGGAUUAAGUCUUGCGUUGAGUGUUCAAUGAGGAAGUCUCGACGAAAUUCGAAAACGGCACCCUUACUUCUGAUUCCCGUCGAGAGUGCAUUUGACGGAGUGGCUGUUGAUGUUUUAGUUACUUUUCCACCUUCUAGUAAGGUCAGUAGGUAUAUUGUAGUUUUUAGUGAUUAUUUAACUCGGGGGGUCGAAGUUUUCCCAGUACCUAGUGUCGAAGCAACUGUUAUUGCACAUCUUUUGAUUGAUGAAAUUAUUUCAAGACAUGGGGCACCACGUGUGUUGCUCUCUGACAGGGGAACUAACGUCUUGUCUAGGGUCGUUUCAGAAGUUUGUAAAAUAUUUCAAAUUCAAUAGGUCAAUGCUUCUAGUUGUCACCCACAGACUGAUGGUCUUGUAGAAAGGUUUACUCUACUUGUCAAUGUAAGAUUGGGACCAGUUCAUACCGCUUAUUUUGUUUGCGCAUAGGACUUCUGUUUUAGAUGCAAUUAAGGAUUCUCCUUUUACGUUCUUUAUGGGCGGGAGCCACGCUUGCCAAGUGACGUUAAGUAUUUGCCCCCUGUGGCUGGUGACUUAGGCACUUCGGUCCUUGACUAUCGAAAACGUGUUGUCGAAAAAGUCGAAUUGGCUGAAAAUUUAGCGACAGAAAAUUUACAACGUGCACAACAAGAAAUGAAGGAUUAUUACGAUCAAAAGGCAAAAGAACCUGUUUUUGAAGUUGGACAACGUGUUUGGGUUUAUACCCCGAGAACUAGAAAAGGAUUAUCCAAAAAGUUAAUGCAUAACUGGUUGGAUCCAUACAGAAUUGCUGAGAAAUUGUCACCAGUACUUUUUAAGUUGCACACGAUCACCGAUAAUAAAAGUUGCUUUUUCGUGUCACGCGAAUCGUAUGAAACCGUUUGUUGAUUCAAAUUUGAGAACAGUUGGCCCUCCACCUUUUGAUGACCCUGCCAAGCCGUACAUUAAUGAAUCUGAUAUUCCAAAAGAUUGUUCUGAGCCAAUUUCGGCCGAAGCGAAUCCUAAAGACACUGACUUAAACCCCAGUUAGUAUUGAGAUGCCACUGUCCCCACAGCUAAUUUUCAACUUGCACUCGGGUUUUACCUUUUUCUACCACCGCGUGAAUUCACACAAAAAUACCACGAUGUAUGUCCAUUGGUAAGAAAUUUUAGGCCUAGGCCAAACGUCGAACCUUUCAUGAGACGAACCAAACUCGAAUUUGAAUUUUAAGUUAAGAUCGUCUGUUGGAUCAGACGUCGAACCUGAGACAUGAUCAGACCAGAAAGCAAUUUUAGUAGGCAAGUAAUACAUUUUCUCCCGAAUGAAGCUAAAUACACAUUAUCAUACAAAUUUUUAAUUUAUUAGUUUAGUUCGUCGCAUGUGAAGAUCGUCAGACGUACUAUCCGUCUGAAGCAAACGGAUGGAACGUGUUUGACGAUCAAAACUCAUUUAGACGAACUGUCUGAGCUAGCCAGACGUCGAACUUUUCAUGAAUUUAACUCACUAAGUUUGGUUCGUCUCAUGAAAAUCUUGACGUCUGGCUUGGGCCUUAGUUAUAGUUCCUAUGUAAGAUUCUAAUAAUUUAAUUUCUUUGUUUGGUUUAUUCAAGUUGUUUGGUUGAACAGACUUAUUAGGGCGCUUUCGAAAUACAGUAGACACCCUCGAAUAAGAACCUACCUUUUUGAAGUCUGGCAAAAUAGGUUCUUGUAUUUUUGGGAACUUAUUGGCAAUUUAGGCUAGAUUGUUGUUUACCACGCCCCAGUUGCUCAAACGUUGGAUAGCGCUAUCCACCGGAUAAAUCACUAUCCAGCGGAUAGCGUAAUUGGUUUCCCUAAUACUUAUCCGCUGGAUAGUGAUUUAUCCGGUGGAUAGCGCUAUCCAACGUUUGAACAACUGGGGCCAGAAGAAUAAACGAACUUUGUUUUGGUCGUUAUAUAUAUAUUAUUUAUUCACAACUGUAUUAUUGUUAUCAUUACCCUAACAAAGCUGAUUACAGAAUUUAUAUAACAAGACAUGUAACAAGUAAGUAAAUAAAAUAGGAAAGUGAAUGGAAUGAGCCAAAAAUUGUCUAAAAAGACUUUUUAGCGUUCAAAGAUUCACUGUAGCUAUAUCCAAAGAGUUAAAUUUACAAUCUCAACUAAGUUACACUCCUUGGUUAAAUUAUAUAUCAUAAUUUAGCUGUAACCCACGUAUAAGAAACUGCUUGAUCUUGCUUGGCUUCAACAGGUUCUUGUGUUUUCACAUGACGUCACGGCGGCCAUAUUGGUGUCCCAAAGCAAUGAAACGGCGGCCAUGUUGGUGUCCCAAACCAGUCCUGUGGGAGUUGAACUCUUUUCUUAUGCAAACGCGUUUUUUGUUCCAAUAAAUUUAUAUAGAUGCUAACCACCUGAGUGAAAACUCUCUAUUCCUGGGUGUUAAAGAGGCAAAUUUCUGCCAGGAGGUUCUUAAUCCACAAGAUUCGCGGGUGUUUACUGUAUGCAUAAGUCUCUUCUCGAAAUGUUAACCAAAACCCAUCACUGACUUGCAUACCAUUUAAGAGUAAACUAAUGUGACCGGAAAGUCUUGAUAAGUCUCUUCUCGAAAUUUUACCUUAAACCCAUCACUGCCGUGAAUACCAUUAAGAAUAAUCUGCCCAGUUGUUCGAAAGGUUGAUAAUACUAUCCACUGGUUAAAUCUUUAUCCAGUGGAUAACGCAGUUGGUUUCCCUACCACUUAUCCGUUGGAUAGUGAUUUAUCCGGUGGAUAGUGCUAUCCAGCAUAUGAAAAACCGGACUGGAAAGUCCUAAUAAAUAGUAGCCAGUCUUGACAAGCGCCCCAAGUCAUCUUGGCCUGGCCUCUUUGAAAUUCAAACCGUUCAAUUUAUCACCAAUUUAUACCAUUGUUCGCAGUAAUCUUGCUCUCUUUUCAGUAUUUGCUCGGAGCCUCUGCCCGAUAUUGGUUUAAUUAUGAAGACAAUAAUGCUGAAUCAAUCUUAUUCAAAAAAUACCUUUCCAGGAUUGGUCUGUCGACUUAAUCCGUGUUUCUUCUUAAACAAAUACAUUGUGUUCUGCCUUCUUAGUUAAUUGAAAGGUAUUCCCUUGUCCCAGAUGAUUGUAUUGUCUCGUUCAUCGUAAAACUUCCCCUAUGCAGACCCCACAAAUUUUAAAAGUACGAAAGGAAUAAAACAACAAUUUUCACUUUUUGAAUCAUAACAUCGGCUGCAACUUUAAACUAUUACUCUCGGCUUCUGAGUUAAUACUUGCGGCCAGCAGAAAUCAUUGGAUUCUGAUUUCCACCUUGAAGAACUAACCAAUUGUGAACUGAUCGUCACUUUAAUAACUUACUUGUCAAAUAAUACGUUCUUCAUUUUAAUUUCCGUUUCCUCGCAAUGUGAAUUUGUGUUGUUUUGUGUGUGUACUUUUGAAAGGCAUAUCGUUUUACGGUGUACUUUGCCCGAAGAACCGUUGAUAUAGAAGCUGAUAUUGGAUGUUUUCAGGCCAACGCCAAUCAUCGAGCAGCUGCUGUUGUUAAAUCAGUUGUCAUAUCUGAUUGGAUUAUUUGCUAUACUCUCUCGCUUUAGGUCUUCACGUUGCAUCUUCUGGCAAGACAUGAUCAGAUAAAAUCGAAAAUCUUGUUUAUCGUUUGCAUUUCCGAUCGUUAAAGUGCAUUAGUUCUGUUCUCCAAAGUGUGUUUUCUGUCAAGUCAGUAUCACUCUCUUGCACCAUAAAAUCCAAAACGGGUCUGCGGAAGUCCAAAAAGACCAAAAAAAAUUAAACUUGUUCACGAACCAAAUCGGUGCCAAGGGGAGCGAGUUCAAGAUGGCCGUUUCAACUGAAGAUGAACUCAACGACGGACUAAUUUGCUAUCAUUUUACUGAUAUACACUUCAAUCUUGGCGAAUCUUCGCCCGCUUGGUACAUUUUCACCUGUGUCGUGAACGCCGUGUUUUCCGUAAUUGCGACGCUGUCUAACUUACUUGUUUUGGUAGCCAUUUACCGAGCUCCUUCCCUACAUACUCCGUCAGGGACUCUUUUAUUUGGUCUAGCGCUUUCCGAUCUCGGUGUGGGCUUGAUAGUACAUCCACUGUUUUUCUCGCAAAUAUUGGCCAAAGUCAUUCGAAACAAGCCACUGUUCUGCGAAGCUGGAAUCUCAGUGGAAAUUACCGCUAACGCUUUGUGCAUUGUAUCGCUUCUAACGGUUACCGCUGUUAGCUUGGACAGGUAUCUCGCUCUCCGUCUUCACUUGAGAUACAAAGAACUCAUCACUAUCAACCGCGCAAUUUUAGUUCUCGUUUGCGUUUGGUUGUUCAGUUCACUGUUUGGCUCGUUGUGGUUAUGGAAGCAUGAGGUUAUAAAAAUAGUGGCGAUUGUUAUCAUAACUGUGAGCUUAUCUAUAGCUUCGUUUUCGUACUUUAGUAUUUAUCGCGUAGUGGUCCAUCAUCGAUCCGUCAUUCACGUUCAACGCAAUCGAAUUUUGUCUUUUCAAAAAGCUGACGAAGAAGAAAUAAAUGUGGCUAGUAUCAAGAGGCAAGCAAUAAGUACAUUCUGGGUUUACUGCAUCCUUGCUGUGUGUUUUACACCAUACAUGUGCACGGUUGCGGUGAUCGAAGCCGAAGGGAUCUCAACUGAGUCGCGGAUAUCUUACGAAAUAACAGCAACUUUGGUAUUUAUUAAUUCUUCCCUCAAUCCUCUUAUUUAUUGUUGGCGCUUGAGAGAAAUCAACGAUGCCGUCAGACAGACAUGGAGAAGUUUAACCAGCUGA